AUGGGGUAUCGUUAAACCAUAUGGAUUAUCAUCCGUUUAUGGUUAUUGAUUAUGCGGGUUUCACUUUACCGGUAGUUAAAUUCUACGUGAAAAUCACAUGAAACGCAUAUGUCUACUGAAUAAUAUUCACAGGAUAAUUCAUCUCACUAGAUCAUGAUGAACUCAAAUGACAAUCACGUAAAAUCUACGUGAAAAUGACAGUGAAAAAUAUUCACAUAACUUUUCCGGUAAUCAUAACGUGAAAAUUAUUUUGAGUGUACAAAAUCUGAAAAAGUUCAUAACGCUCACUAAUACUAAUGCAUCGACGUGAAUAGCAUACCUUUUAGAACUGUCAUUUAUACUUGUAUGUCAGCUCAGCUGUCACAAAGCAGCAUGUAGUACAUUGUUUAUUGGUUGUGUAAUCCGGACUAUUGGAUCUUUCUUUCAGUACUGAUAGUAGACAUACAAAAAUAAUGUGAUCUUUAUUUUUGACUGUUUGUGAUCAAUUAUACACACUGCAAACUAAUGGCAAAGUACAUAGCACAGAUAAUCGUAUUAGGUACGCAAAUAGUAGGACGUGCUUUCGCUCGAGCAUUGAAGCAAGAGAUAAAUGCUUCACAAGAAGCUGCUAAGCGAGCUGGUGGUGGUCAGAAAGGUCAAAACCAAAUAGCUGCCAAUUUAAGGACCGGGAUGUCGUUGGAAGAGGCACAACAGAUAUUAAACGUUUCUAAACUUGAUAGACAAAAGAUACAAAAAAAUUUUGAACAUUUGUUUCACGUUAAUGAUAAAUCGAAAGGCGGCUCUUUCUAUCUGCAGUCUAAGGUGUUUCGCGCGAAAGAACGAAUAGAUCAGGAAUUUGAAGCGAAUAAGCCUCCAGAGAACGAGCAACUAGAUAACGAGACAGUAAAGAAAGAGAUGUAGUAAAUAAGUUAGUGAACUUUUUGAAAAUAUGAAAAUAUAUGUUUCCAGCAAAUAUA